CGCAGGCGCGGCCGGGGAUGCGCUGGGAGAAGCGGGGCGCGGAGGGCAUCUCGCUGCAGUUCCUCAGAUAACCAGCAUGCACUUCCAGUGGGACUGGCUGUGUUUGGGUGUCCUGAUCAUCAGCUCAGUGGCUGCAGACGUGGACAGUGACGAAGCGCUGGAUGCAGACGUUGAAGUGGAGGAUUUUGAUGAGCAGUCUCAAGCAGCUGAUGUUGACAGAGAGAAAUCUUCCUUGGAGGUUGUGUACCAGACUCCAAAGCCAACUGGGGAAGUGUAUUUUACAGAAACCUUUGAUGAAGCAUUGACUGGGUGGGUGUUGUCUAAAACCAAGAAAGAAGACACAGAUGAGGACAUCUCCAAAUAUGAUGGGAGAUGGGAAGUGGAAGAGCUGAAAGAAAACUCAAUGCCUGGAGACAGAGGAUUGGUGUUAAAAUCGGUGGCAAAGCAUCAUGCAAUAUCAUCUAUGCUGACCAAAGCAUUUAUCUUUGAUGAUAAGCCUUUGAUUGUUCAAUAUGAAGUGAAUUUCCAAAACGGCAUUGACUGUGGUGGUGCAUAUGUCAAACUUCUCUCCAGUAGUGAUGAUUUGAAUCUGGAAUACUUUUUUGACAAAACACCUUAUACUAUUAUGUUUGGACCAGAUAAAUGUGGAGAAGAUUACAAACUGCACUUUAUCUUCAGACAUAAGAAUCCCCAGACUGGAGAAUAUGAUGAGAAACAUGCAAAACGUCCUGAUGUGGACCUUAAAAAGUUCUAUUUGGACAAGAAGACACAUCUGUAUACUCUUGUGCUGAAACCAGAUGAUACAUUUGAAAUAUUAAUUGACCAAUCAGUUGUCAGUAAAGGAAGUCUUCUUGAGGAUGUGGUUCCUCCAGUAAACCCUCCCAAAGAAAUUGAGGAUCCUACUGAUAAGAGACCUGAUGACUGGGAUGAGAGACCAAAAAUACCUGAUCCAAAUGCUGUCAAACCAGAUGACUGGGAUGAAGAUGAGCCUUCCAAAAUAGAAGAUCUUGAUGCUGUUAAGCCUGAGGGAUGGCUUGAUGAUGAGCCAGAGUUUGUUCCAGACCCUAAUGCAAAAAAACCAAAGGACUGGGAUGAAGAAAUGGAUGGGGACUGGGAAGCUCCUCAGAUUCCUAAUCCAAAGUGUAAAACUGCACCUGGUUGUGGACAUUGGGUGCGCCCCAUGAAGAAUAACCCAAAAUACAAAGGAAAAUGGAAGGCACCUCUGAUAGACAAUCCUAACUAUCAGGGCAUCUGGAGUCCUCGGAGAAUUCCUAACCCAGACUAUUUUGAGGAUCUCCACCCGUUCAAGAUGACCACUGUCAGUGCUAUUGGUUUAGAGCUCUGGUCUAUGACAUCUGAUAUCUACUUUGAUAACUUCAUUAUCUGUUCAGAAAAAGAAGUAGCAGAUCGUUGGGCAGCAGGUGGCUGGGGCUUGAAGAAGUUAGUAGCAAGUGCUAACGAGCCUGGCAUGUUUAGUCAACUGGUGACAGCUGCAGAAGACCACCCAUGGCUCUGGGUCCUUUACAUCCUGACUUUAGCCCUCCCUGUUGGUCUAGGUGUGUUGUUCUGCUGGCCAGCAAAGAAAGCAGAUGAAGAUAUUGACUUCAAAAAACCCAAGCCAAUUACCAAGAGAGGACUAAAUGAAGAGAGAGAGAGAGAAGACUUGGAGGAGACAGGUGAUAUAAAGAAGAUGGGGAUGGAGGCUCCUUCUUCAGAAGAGGAGGGUGAAGGUGGAGAAGAUAUUUAUGAUGAUGAAGAAAACGAAGUUGCAGAGAGAAGUCAAGAAGAAGGUUCUAAGGCAAAUAAGUCUGGCUCAGAAGAUGAGCUGAAGGAAGAUGAUGAAAGCCCAAGUUCUGGAGAUGGCUCCCUGAAAUCAGUGCGCAAACGACGAGUACGGAAGGACUAAGUUACUUCCAGCUACUACUUCUAGGUCUGGAUAAUAGUAACUUCUAUGCCAUCUCAGAGGGGUAGCAACAUGCAACUUCCUGAGAUUUGAAGGCUAAACAGGGGACUCUUUGCUACUUAACCUCUUACUUCAAUUAUCCAUCUUCUUUUAACUUUCCCAGACUUCCUCAAUUCCCCUUUUUCAAGGAGCAAUCCUACCUGCAAGGCAUUAACUGAUGCUUUCAACUCCAAAUAAAAGUGACAUUUCAAGCUGUCCUAUUGAGUUUAAAGGGAAGAUUCUUAAGCUUUCAAGAUUCUAGCAAUUAGUAUUGGCUGGGGAGAAACUUAACUCUUAACUAUUUUGUAAAGAACAUGACUAACUUCAAAGAUUUUUGCAGCUCUAGCACAAAAUUAGCUGUUUACAGUUGGCAGCUGAAGUGAGGAUGACAGCUCAGCUGCAGUUCAGAGUCAUAUAUAUAUAGCAGUAUGUAUAUAUAUAUAGCAGUAUAACAGUUCACAUGGCUAUGAGAAAAGCCUUUUCUUUCUGUGCAGAGCUAAAUGCAAUAAUUAUUGUCUGGGGUUUGCUUUUUAUAUGCUAAUUUAAUGCUAGCAACCAUUUCUGUUGUAAAUGAUUUCUUUUUAGUUGACCUUGUUCCCAAGGGUGUUCUCCCAUUCGUUUUAGGGUGAUCUGUUUUGGAGAGAUGUUUUUAAAGUAAGAAUAUUCACAGGACAAGUAGUAACUGCUGUGAUUUGUUUUGUAUGCAGGUAUCUCAGAUCUCCAGAAGUGAUACACAGUGAUUUUAUGCCAACUUUUGUAAUAGUUCUUCACAUUCCGACCUGGGGUGGUAUAACCUCUUGUUUAUAGACUGUUUGCUAAGUAUACAUUGCCUCCUAAAUAUAUUGACUAAUUCUUACUUAACAGGAAAUUUAUUAACAGAGAUAAGAAUUUUCUUUUUUGCUGGAUGAAGUUUUUUACAGAUGGGAGUAACUUGGCAUUCUGAUAGCUUAAAUAAACUGCAUAUUGUAAAGGAAA